AUGUUCUCCACCAAAUCCUACAUGGAUGACCGGUUCGACGUUGAACGAUACAAGAGCAAAAAGGGCAAGGACAAAGCCCAAGACUGUGAAGACCGUGAGGAGCGCAUUCAGCAGUUCCUGAGAUCCUACGAAUGGGGCCGGAUCCUCAUCGUCACUGGGUACCGUGAGCAGAAACGCUUGCUGCUAAAAACUCUGGCCGAGCUGCCAGAGGCUGAGGUACCCCCUGGAUUAGUAUCUGUCCGAACUAUCGACGACUCACCUAGCCAUCAGGCUGAGGCGGUGAUUUGCGAUAUGGUCAGGACCGACAAGCCCGGUUUUAUGAUGGAAGACCAACGCUUGGCCGUAAUGACAACGAGGGCACAGGCAUUUAUAAUCAACGUCGGUCGAACGGACGUGAUCAAGGGAAAGGACGCUCGGACUUUACGUACUAUAUACGACUACCUUAAAGACCGAGAUGCGAUUGUUAAGGUCUUCGGCUGGAACGAGUUCUGCAGCAUAAAGGCCGAUCGGAAGGAUCAACAGGAGACAGCUACGCAAGACGCUCACAAAGCGUAUAUGAAGGCGAUCACCACGGCGUACCACGACUACAUCGAUGAGAAGAAGAAACCAGAGGUCAAGGAUGAGUCUAUCGCAGGACCAUCUGCACAACGCGUUGAGAAGGGUAAAGGACCUCAGCAGGAGGCACCCAUCGUCAAGGGACCUACUCCUGUCGCCGGGCCAUCUACACAGCGCGUCGAGAAGAACGGAGGACCUCAGCAAAAAGCACCCGUCGCGAAGGGACCUGCUGUCAAGCAAUCUCGAGCAAAGGCCCCUUCGUCAUCGACCGUCGGUCUAUCGAAGUAG